AUGCUGUACGGCCUCCUCACCUUCCUCCUCCGCCUCAAGAAGAUCAAGCGCAAGGACCCGCUGGGCUACGACGACCCAGUCGGCCCCGUUCUACUCGUCAUCGUCCUCUGCGGCGCAGUCGGAACCUACCUCCUCCGGAUGUAUACCUUCAAGUGGCCGGGCGAGGAGGUGCACACGGCCGACACGCCCUUCUCCAAGGAGUUUGAGAUGGGGGUGAUGCCGUCGUACUUCGUCAACGAGACCGCCGCCAUCGCGAUGGUUGCGAGGGCGAUGCAGGCCUCGGCGUCGGUCUCGUCAGUCACACUCGCCCACGCCACCUUCGAGCUCUUUCGCCAGACGGAGCUCGACACGGCGGAGGACCUCGUCGUCAACCAGGGCCGCUCCAAGGUGAAGCUGACCACGCGCCUAACCCUCAAGGGCGCGCGCUACAUGAGCGCCAACCUCGGCUCGGCGCCGGGCACGGGCAGCACGGACCUCACUCUCUCCGUCAAGGGCACCGAGCGCGCGCAGCUCGCCGCCACCGCCGCCAACUGCGUCGGACGGUACGCGGCGCACUGCGAGGUCAAGGUGGAGCAGAACUUCCACAUGGAGAAGGCGGAGGUUGGCCAGCCGCGCUCGCCGCGCGUGCCGCUGCCCGCCACCAGCUGGCAGCGCUCGGUCAAGAUCUCGGGCAUGCCGCACACGACCUCGCUCACCACGAUCGGCGACCACCUUCGCGGGUGUGGCGACCUGAGGGGGUACUUCGCGUUACCGCCUCGUGUGCCGGCGGGGCCCUUCCUGCUCGGCACGGAGGACGAGGAGCGCCUCUACGUGCGCGACGAGUUUUACUACUGGAAGGUCAAGCUGCCGUUUGCGCUCGCGCAAGCGCCGUCCGUCUACCUCUACGCGUCGCUCACCACAAAGUACGAGUCGCCGCAGCUGGCGGUGCUGCCGCUGCAGACGCCGCGGGAAGACUCCGAGCUCUCCUUCAAGAUUGGAGGCAACCAGAACCACGGCGUCGAGGUGAGCGACCUCAACUCGGACGGCGCCCUCUCCCUCGCGGCGCACGACCUCUACAGAGAGCUGCGCAGCGCGCCGUGGGUGUCGGACAACGCGUGA